AUGGGCCUCGAGGAGUCGACCCUCGUCCAGGAUGCCGUCGAGCCCAAGUGUCUCAAGGAGAGGUCGCUGGCAGCAGUGGCAAGCUACCUGAAUGACGGCAGGGGGAAGAAGGUCGUCGUCCUGACAGGCGCGGGCAUCUCUACCGCCGCCGGAAUCCCCGACUUCCGCUCCCCCAAGACCGGACUCUACAACAACCUGGCGCGGCUCAACCUCCCCUACGCCGAGGCCGUCUUCGACAUAUCCUACUUCCGCUCGCACCCGGAGCCCUUCUACGUGCUCGCGCAGGAGCUGUACCCGGGCAAGUUCCACCCCACCGUGUCACACUCCUUCAUCAAGCUCCUCGACACAAAGGGCCUGCUGCACAUGCUCUUCACCCAGAACAUAGACUGCCUCGAGCGCCGGGUCGGCGUGCCCGCGGACAAGAUUGUCGAGGCGCACGGGAGCUUCGCCACCCAGCGGUGCAUCGAGUGCAAGGCGCCCUUCCCCGAGCGCCUCAUGGCGGAGCACGUAUCCGCGGCCCGGGUGCCGCGGUGCCGGGAGCGCGGCUGCACGGGCACGGUCAAGCCGGACAUCGUCUUCUUCGGGGAGAUGCUGCCCCCCGCGUUUGCCAACAACGCGAGGCAGGCCGCGGCGGCGGACGUGCUCCUGGUCCUGGGGACCAGCCUCACGGUGCAUCCCUUUGCGGCGCUGCCCGAGCUCGCCGCCGAGGGGACCCCGAGGGUGCUGUUCAACAUGGAGAGGGUCGGGCGCCUGGGCUGCAGGCCGGAUGACGUCUUGGAGCUGGGGCCCUGCGACGAGGGCAUCCGCAAGCUGGCGGACGAGCUGGGGUGGAGGGACGAGCUGGAGGCGUGCUGGAGGGACGUGGUUGGCCACGACGAGGCAGACCGGCAGCUGGGGCGCGCGGGACGCCGCCAUCGCGACAUCGAGGACGAGGUGCAGAGGUUGACGGCCGGCGUGGACGAGGCCUUGAGGCUGCACGCGAGCGAGGAGGACGAGGCCGGGCCGUCGACGGAGCGCGCACACGAGGAGGCCCAGACGGCGAGCGGGGAGGAACACGGGCCGACGCAUGCAUCGUCAGAGGAGUCCGUGGCGAAGGCGGAACCACUCGACGAGACUCCCGAGGCGACUGUUGCCGUGGGGGGUGUUGCCAGUGAAGUGGCUGAGCCAGCGUGCUCUGAAAGGCUCGUCGAAGAAGGAAAGGAGGGUGAAAAGUCAUUGCUUUAG